GUAUUAGCAUCAAGCACAAGAGACAAAAAACACCCAACCAUCACUUCCACAAACACGCAUCUCUCUCCAAAUCCAUGGCCGGUUGCAUGAAAACCUCCAUCUCUCUCCAGUCCUCCUACACUUCUCUCUACCGCAACCCCCUCAUCGACCAGAAACACCCCAACGUAGCCGCCAACGACGACAAAGAGAACUCUUCACCCAACAUCAACGAUGGCCGGAAACACGCCGCUGAUGAGAAAGAGAAAGAGAGAGAGAAAGUUCCCGUCUUGAAAGAAUUCCCGACUCCCAAAUCCCAGAUGAGAGAGAAUUUGCUGAAGCCCUCUUCCCUUCAGCUAUGCAUCAAGAAGCACGAGCCCGAAUCGAACGUCGGGCUCAGGGUUUGGGAACCGAUUGAUUCAGGGAGAUCGAACACCGCCAAUGUGUGGGACUACUCUGACUCAGAAUCUGCGCCUGUGUCGUCGUGGUCGACUUUGCCUAACAGAGCUUUGUUGUGUAGGCCUUUGCCGGUUGAUGUUGGGAGGUGUACUUGCAUUAUAGUGAAGGAAUCAUCUCCCGUUGGAUUUGAUGGUGGAACUUUAUACACUCUAUACACCAAUGAAGGAAAGGGGAGGCAGAACCGCAAACUUGCAGUGGCGCAUCACCGGAGGCGAAGAGGGAGGUCGGAAUUCAUUGUUGCUCAAAAUGCAAGAGGCAUUGUGGGGCGAUCAGAAGAUAGCUUGAUUGGGGUAGUCACUUCUAACAUCCUCAGAUCCAAGUACAAUAUAUGGGAUCAGGGGCACUACUCCAACUCCUCAACCAAAACCCCCAAAUUGUUGGCUGCUGUCAAGUUUAUGGCCACUGUAUCAACAUGGAGUGGCAAUUAUAGAAACAUGAAAGCAUGGAUACCAAAACAUCAGUCUAUGCAGCUAAAGAAUACAAAUCAGAUACAGCAUAUCAAUGGAUUGCCCACAGAAUGGGAGGCAAGCAUAGAUAGAGUUCAUCACCUAUUCUCUAAGGUCCCUGUGUACAAUAAGUUCACGAAACAGUACGAGUUAGACUUCAGAGACAGAGGAAGGGCAGGACUCAAAAUCCAGAGCUCUGUUAAGAACUUCCAACUAACUAUGGAGUACGAGUUAUUGUGUUUUUGUUGGGAGUAUAGAAACAAGGAAAGCAAACUAUCCUUCAGCUUGGAAGGCUGGGGAAAUCUAAAUAUGUGAUGGACUACAGAUAUCCUUUGACUGGUUAUCAAGCCUUCUGCAUGUGCUUGGUGUCCAUGGAUUCCAAACUCUGCUGCACUGUAUAACCGCAACUAACCGAUCUUCAAAGCUGUUCUUCCUCAGAACACAAGAUUAUCCGGAUUUUGGCCAUUGAGCUCCAUUUUCAACUAGGUGAUGAAUAUGGUCAUUUUGAUGCGAGUUUCGGCUGUAAGUUCUGGAUGAAAUGUGUAACUCUUUAAAUGUAAUUUGUAGUGUAGCUUUUAAAAUAUUUUAGCUAGAGAUUCUGUUUGUUUAAACUAAGACAAUCUUAGACAUUGGAAAAUUAUCAGUUUUGGGCAUUCGGAUAUGAAUAUGAUGCACAAAUUCUAAAA